UAUGAAUAGUGACGGACAUUUAUAACUGAUGGUUAGGAUGAAUAAUAUAAACUUUAUGCUUAAAAUAUAACUUUUGUUUAGAUGGCUACCUAUAUAUAUCAUUAUGGUGGCGGUGGCGGCGGUGGAAAGAGGCGUCGUGGCGGCAGUGGAUAUUAUGACGGCUGUGGAGGUCGUGGCGGUCGUGGCGGCGGCGGGAACGCCACAAACAGAAACAAGUGCAUAAAGUGCUACAGGCGUGGCCAUGUUGCUGCUGACUGCUGGUUCAACCAGCAGUCAGCAGCAGCAGAAGCCUCCAAAGAGGACAUUGCUGCAAAAACAGCCAGAGCAGCUGCAGCAGCAGUUGCUCUGGCAGACAAGCUGGCUGCUGAAGCUGCCGAAGCAGCAGCAUCGGCAGAAGCAGGAGGCGGAAGAGGAAGUGUAUCUGAAGUGACUGAAGAUCCGGGAACAAACCAAAAAAAUAAUGAUACCUACUGAAAAUAAAAAAAAUUUUUAUUUUAAA